AAAAAACGAUGAGUCCAUAUAAAAGGCGCACCCCAACUUGAGCUCAUAAUUUCAGUAGCUUUGCUUUUUCCCUCUCUUUUUAAAAAUUGAGCCGCGGAGACCGAGAGUGAGGAUUGAGGAAGAAGAAAGAAACCAAACGCAGGAGACCUAAUCUUCCGAAGCUCAACCAUGCCUCGAGAGAUCAUAACUUUGCAGGUUGGACAAUGUGGAAAUCAGAUCGGGAUGGAGUUCUGGAAGCAGCUCUGCCUGGAGCACGGCAUCAGCAAGGAAGGGAUUCUCGAAGAUUUCGCUACACAGGGGGGUGACAGGAAAGACGUUUUUUUCUAUCAAGCUGAUGAUCAACACUACAUACCACGAGCGCUUCUGAUGGACUUGGAGCCCCGAGUCAUUAAUGGCAUUCAGAAUAGUGAAUAUCGGAAUCUCUACAAUCAUGAGAACAUAUUUGUCUCAAAUCAUGGUGGUGGUGCCGGAAAUAAUUGGGCUAGUGGGUAUCACCAGGGAGAGCAGGUUCAAGAGGAAAUAAUGGACAUGGUUGAUAGGGAAGCAGAUGGAAGUGAUAGUCUUGAGGGUUUUGUUUUAUGCCAUUCAAUAGCUGGAGGAACUGGCUCAGGAAUGGGUUCAUAUUUAUUGGAGACUCUAAAUGAUCGCUACAGCAAAAAACUUAUUCAGACAUACAGUGUAUUUCCUAACCAGAUGGAGACAAGUGAUGUGGUGGUCCAGCCAUAUAACUCACUCUUGACUCUUAAGCGGCUUACACUGAAUGCUGAUUGUGUUGUUGUUCUUGACAAUACUGCACUGAAUAGGAUAGCAGUAGAACGCCUUCAUCUAUCUAAUCCUACCUUUGCACAAACAAAUUCUUUGGUUUCGACUGUAAUGUCUGCAAGCACAACCACUCUUCGGUAUCCGGGGUAUAUGAACAAUGACUUGGUUGGGCUUCUUGCUUCUUUAAUUCCAACUCCAAGGUGCCAUUUUCUAAUGACGGGAUAUACACCACUCACAGUGGAGCGCCAGGCUAACGUUAUUCGGAAAACUACUGUAUUGGAUGUAAUGAGGAGACUUCUGCAGUCGAAGAAUAUCAUGGUUUCCUCUUAUGCUCGAACAAAAGAAGCAAGUCAAGCAAAGUACAUAUCGAUAUUAAAUAUCAUUCAAGGAGAAGUAGACCCUACUCAGGUUCAUGAAAGCUUGCAGAGAAUACGUGAAAGAAAACUUGUUAAUUUCAUUGAAUGGGGUCCUGCAAGCAUUCAGGUGGCAUUGUCUAGAAAGUCUCCAUAUGUUCAAACAGCUCAUAGAGUUAGUGGUCUUAUGUUGGCCAGCCAUACUAGCAUACGACACCUCUUCAGCAAGUGCUUAAACCAGUAUGAGAAGUUCAGGAAAAAGCAAGCUUUCCUUGAUAACUAUCGGAAGUUUCCCAUGUUUGCAGAUAAUGAUCUCUCUGAAUUUGAUGAAUCACAAGAAGUAAUAGAGAGCUUGGUUGAUGAAUACAAAGCAUGUGAAUCACCAGAUUAUAUAAAAUGGGGAAUGGAGGAUCGAGACCGUGCUCUGACAGGAGAGGGAAAUGCUUCGGGAACAGGGAUCCAAAAUUAGCACUAUAAACUAUCCAAGAUUGGGAUUUUUUUCCUUGAUGGCAUGCUACAGGAUUGGGAUUUGUUGCUCACAAAGGAGUCAAGUGAUAAAAGGUUGACUAUGACUUAUUCAUCUCUUGUUAAUAGUUCAGUAGAUGAAUUCUCGCAUUCUUGUGUGCUCAAGUUGGUCUUUUUCUAUUCUGUCCUGAAUUUGGCCUUCUUUAACAAAGACACUUUUCACGGGAGCAGACGGGUUUUUGUCUCCCUAACAUUUAUAUGGUUUGGGCCUAUUAGGAGUUUAUUUCGAGUGAAGCCAAAGUUAUAUAGGCCAAAAGUCUUCACAAUAUGGCAUUCUGGAUAUACCAUAGUUUGGUUAUUUGGGAGGACACUUGGGAUAUUAUCCUAAGCAUCUUUUUAGUCAUAUGUAUAAGGUUGUAUAUUUCUAUCAAUCACAUGUAGCUUUUAUAAUC